AAUGAAUGAGAUUCGGCCACGCCGUGGCGCCGCGACACCUACAGGCAUGGCAAUAUUUAAUUACUACUAAUAUCUUGUUUUUCCCGCGGAGGCAGCAUGCUGCGACAUCCGUCCUGUCAGCAGUGCAUAUAAGCACCGGAAUAAUACAUUGGCGACAGCGAUACUGAUAUUUGGGUGCCAUGAAGAAUGAGGCGAAAGUGAGAUAAUAAUUGCCUUCCUCGGAAUGACCAAAUCUGGCAGACUGGCAGUCUCCCCAAUCGCUUCGAGCCGGGAUCGACAUACAUGUACCUGGGGUCGAGAUUCUUGGAAUUAAUGGCCUGCCAGAUGACGCUCCAGAAGCAGCCGGGUGUCAUGGGAACUCAAAGGCAGACCACCACAACGGCGAAGAGGCCUGCGGACCAUGCGAGAGACGCUCCGCAGACACUCAGGACGAGGCGUGUACCAUCAUAGGCAAUUUUGGUGGAAAAGAAUGGACGAGACGAU